GAAGGUCAACUCAGGACUACCAUUUAAAAACUUAAGGGUGCGGUGUAUUUCAUUGUCCUGAGCUAGUUAACCUGUCUCUAUAUCAAAUCAACUAGUUAUUUUACUCCUCCAUACUCUCUUGAUUUGUUUCGCAUAAUCAUCCAGCUAAAAUUUUCUUUUUUGAGUACAGACUGCUGUUCUGCUGACUAAUUAAUAUUUUUACUUCAUAUGAAGUAAAAAUGAAGACUGCAGUCUUCACUUAUCGACAAGUCUUAAUUUACUCAAUGAAUUCAGCGUCCUGCAUGGUCAACAGACUUAUUACUUAGACCAUGCUUAUUGGUUUUUUAGGUGUCAGAUGAUUAUCUAACACCUAGGGGCUUUAAAAUCCCAAAAAACAAUAAAUUAUUCCUUUUUAAAUAUAGAUUACUGCUCUGUCCACUUACGACUUACUGGUUACAACCGGUCCUUACUGGAUUUCAGCGACCCACUUUAUCAGGGUGGCUGCAUAGUACUCUUGGUGAAUGGCGAAAGGUCGUCUUUCUGGCUCUGACUCGUCGGACAGUGAUGACGAAGUGAAGUGGCUACAAUCACGUCACAAGCACAGGAAGACCUCGGUUCCGAGCGAUGAGACAACACGUGAUUCAAAGUCAGGUGGAAUUGAGGAGGGUGAAGUAUCUAGUGAUGACCUCGAUGAAGACGAAGAUGAUGGCCUGGAUGACAACUUAAUCGGUGGGGAAGAUGAUAAGCGUCGGUUGGCGAAAAUGAGUGAAAAAGAAAGAGAAGAAGAGCUAUUCAAGAGAGCUGAGAGAAGAGAUGCCAUACGAGCCCGCAAGGCUGUAAAACAAAAGCUAAAAGAAAGACGAGAAAGAGAGAAAGCUCAACAGGUAGCCUCUUUAUCCAAGCAACUUACCGGGGAUUCAAAAUCUAAAAGAUCUGCUUAUCACAACGUAUUUUCAGACAGCGAUGAGGCAGAAAAUAGUGAUUCAAGUGGUCUUGGACCAAAAGGCCUUAGACAACGUAAGAUUGCCCUGGAGAAAAAGAAGGUGGCUCACAGGGAUAAAUUUCAGGAACUCAUCGAGCGUCGCAAACAACAGGCUGCUAAAAAGCGUCGAACUCAUACAUCAGACGAAGUGGAUAUAUCCGCCCAAAAUAGUUCUGGGAGUUCAUCAGAUAGUGAUGAUAAUAGUCCAAAGCCACGUGGCAAAAUUCAGGAGAAACAUCAGUCCAUGUCUCAGCGUGUUUUUUCCUCAGAAGCAUCAGACUCUUCUGAUUCAAGUCGACCUGGUUCGCGUCCUGUAGCUCGACGUUCAAGUUUUUCCAGUUUGUCAGGUUCACAGCGAUCUGGUUCUUCAAGUGAAGAUGACGCUAGAGGCAGAAGUCGUUCACCUGAAGAGGAACUAGUCUCCUCUGUUGAGCAUCUAUCUCGUAUUCGGUUGUCACGUUUUAAAAUGGAAAAGUGGGUUCACAUGCCGUUUUUCGAUAACUUGAUAAAAGGAUGUUUUGUACGUAUCAACAUAGGAUUACAUCAAGGUGUGCCGAUUUAUCGUUGUGCUGAAAUUGUGGAUGUCGUGGAAACUCCUAAAAUAUACGAUCUUGGUGACACUCGAACUAAUAAAGGAAUUGUAGUUCGUGUUGGAAAAGACCAAAGUACAUUUCGUUUGGCGUUCAUUUCAAACUCUGAUUUUCAGCAAGAUGAAUUUGACAGCUGGAUGCGGCGAAUACAUCUUGCGAACAUGAAACCUCCGACUUUGAAUUUUGUCCGAGAUAAAGCUGCUGAAAUUACUGAAGCAAUAAAUCGUCCUAUUCGAGAUGAACGCGUGGUUGAACAGAUCAUACAAUCCAAACGUCGUUUUCAGAAAGCUCCAACAAAUUUUGCUUUACGCAAAGCGGAAUUGAUCAAACAACGAGAGCAAGCAGAAACAGAUGGAGAUACAGAAUUAUUGAAACAUUUAGAUAGUGAAAUAGAAGAAAUUGAAUCUCAAGCUGAACGGAUUGAGAGACGUCGAACUUUAGGUUUUAAAUCAAUUACAUCUAUAAAUCAACGUAAUCGUGCACUUAGUGUACAACAAGCUGAAGAAGCUAUUCGUAAAGAAAGUGAAGAAGCAUUGAAUUCCAAGGAAGAAGAUCCAUUUACACGUGUUCAUUCUCAACCGGUAAUUGUCACAAAGAAAUAUUUGGAAAACUUACGUCAUAAAAGACUUGGAGUAGUAGCUCAAUCAAAUACUUCCUGUGAUUUGAAUCAAAGUUUUCCUCCACCACCAACUCCUGAUUCAGAGCUAAGCAUGUCAUCUAAACAUUCACUGUUGAAUACACCAAUGGGAAGUAAUAGUAUAAUAACUGAAGCACCUGACUCAGUAUGUUGGUCAUUGGGAGAUGAUAAUAGCAACUUAUCCACACCGCAUGAUUCUCUUCAUGCAAUACAUAAUUUUGAAAUAAAUAUUGAUUUGGAUUUGGACGGGAAUAAUGAUCAGGCGAAUUCCAACGGACGCACAGGAUCAACUAAUACUGAUGUACGACAUUCAACUAGUCCUAGAUCACGUGGUACUACAAAUUCUACUCAUGAUUUUACCAAUGGCAGUCCCCAGACACCAAUGAACGGUCCAUUUGGAAAACCAAAUCGUCGAUUGUUAAAUUUACAAGAGUACAAGAAACGUCAUGGAUUAAUUUAAUUCCUAGUUGAUAUGCAAAUAUUAGUAUUUUCCUUAUUCAAACAUACUAUCAUUUAUUGUUAUUUUUUUCUAUAUGUGUAUGAUUAGUAGUCUUAUCACACCGGUCGUUUAACUUUGUAUUUGCAUGUGUAUGUAUGUGUUGUAUAUAGACGUCUGUAAGCCCUUCCUUUAUGCUUUACACCUUUUUUUGUGAAAUGUACAUAAGAGAAAAAAAUUAAUCGUAAUCAUCUCUUUAUCA